CCCGCUAAGCGAUCAACCGAAGCAUAGCACAGAAAUGGAGGGAGUUGGGGCGCGACUCGGAAGGUCGUCGACUCGGUAUGGUGGACCAACGACCGUGUUCAGUGGUCCAGUGAGGAAAUGGAAGAAGAAGUGGAUCCACGUGUCACCGUCUAACACUGCGAAUCAUCAUUCUUCUCAGUCCAACGGUACUAACGGCUCUCACCUCCUCCUCUACAAGUGGACUCCCCUCUCUCAGAGCAACAAUAACAGCAACAAUGGCGAUAAGACUACUUCCAAGGAUGACAACGCUGCUGCUGUUGCACUGGAAGAGCCACCUCGAAGGAAAUUUCGAUACGUCCCGUACUUGAUAAUGCAGAUUGCUGUACUAGAGGAACAGAAUAGAGAAGCAGCAGAAAAGGCUGAUGAGGAGGGCGAACCAAGCGACACUGAUCCAUCUGCUGGGGCGGAGGCCAAGAGUGAUGGUUCCAAUGGAAAACCUGACAUUAAUGAUGUGCCAAUGGAAGAAGCUCAGGCAUCAGUCAAGGAUCAACAACCAGCACCUCAAGAAUUGAGUGAAACCAAUUUGGAUUUGAGUUUGGGUUUGAAAGCCCAUGAUGGUGAUCAUGAUGCUGAUCCGAAAAGAGAAAAGAGCAAAGACGGCCAACCAGAGAGAGUCAGCUGAGCUGCUGUAGGGACAUGAGAUGAUUAAUCCCAAAUUAACAAAUCAUUAACUGCAGGAAACAGCUCAGAAAGUGGCCAAUCCAUGGCAUCUAAAGUAUUAUUGUUGGCUUUCCCUGCUCCCACAUUGUCUCUUGGGGAAGUGCUUGCCUGAAAUCUUAUUAACACCUCAUUUGUUGUUCCUUUAUUGCUUCUUUGCUGCUCUGAUUGCAUACUGCAUAGAUUCUUUGCAUAAAAAGGUGAAAUUUUUUCUUGAUCUGUGGAGCCAAAUAUU